GCGGGCACGUGCUGGGCGGGCGCCUCGGUCGGGUCGCCCGGCGGUGCCUCCUGCCUCGACGCGCCCGGGCCGCCGCGGGCCGCGCGCCCGAAGCCCGGCUGAGUCACCCGCCCGGCAGCGCGCGGGUGGGAAGGGGCGGGGGAGCGCGGCCGGCGGGCGGGCGGGGCGCUCGGCUGGCCCGGCCGCAGGUGACCCGGAGGCUCUCGCCGCCCGCAGCGCCCCGAGCGCUGUGUAACCAGAUGCGGAGCCCAGCGGAGGGCGCGAGCCAGAUGCGGGGCGACAGCUGACUGGAGGCGGGGAGCGCCGAGCGCGCGGGUGGUCCCUGCGCGGCUGACUUCUGCUCUGCGGGUUCCUGGGCUCCGCAAGAUUAACUUCUCACCAUGAAAACCCCUGCUGUGCUUGCACCUGUCAUCCUUGUGCUUCUGUUUACCUUGGUACAGAAGAGCAAUGGGGAGUGCAAAGAAGCACUGGUAAAGUCCGAGAUGAAUGUGAACAUGAAGUAUCAGCUUCCCAACUUCACUGCGCAAACACCCAUCCAGAAUGUUGUUUUACACAAGCACCACAUUUACGUCGGUGCUAUUAACUACAUAUAUGUUUUAAAUGACAACAAUCUUCAGAAAGUUGCUGAGUACAAGACUGGGCCUGUGCUAGAACACCCAGAUUGUAUUCCUUGUCAGAACUGCAGCCACAAAACCAAUUCAUCAGGUGGCAUUUGGAAAGAUAAUAUCAACAUGGCUCUGCUUAUUGACACAUACUAUGAUGACCAGCUCAUUAGCUGCGGCAGUGUUCACAGAGGGACCUGCCAGCGACACGUGCUUCCACCUGGCAACACUGCUGACAUACAGUCGGAGGUUCACUGCAUGUACUCUCCACAGGCAGAUGAAGAUCCGAGCCAGUGUCCUGACUGUGUGGUGAGCGCCCUGGGAACCAAAGUCCUCCUGUCUGAAAAGGACAGGUUCAUCAACUUCUUCGUGGGCAAUACUAUAAAUUCUUCCUACCUUCCAGAUCAUUCAUUGCAUUCAAUAUCAGUGAGAAGACUAAAGGAAACACAAGAUGGUUUUAAGUUUUUAACAGAUCAGUCGUAUAUCGAUGUUCUACCUGAGUUCCGAGAUUCUUACCCCAUUAAGUACAUCCACGCCUUUGAAAGCAACCAUUUUAUUUACUUUUUGACAGUCCAGCGGGAAACUCUAGACGCUCAGACUUUUCACACAAGAAUAAUCAGAUUCUGUUCUGUAGACUCUGGGCUGCAUUCCUACAUGGAAAUGCCACUGGAGUGUAUUCUCACAGAAAAGAGAAGAAAGAGAGCCACAAGGGAAGAAAUGUUUAAUAUUCUCCAAGCUGCGUACGUCAGUAAGCCUGGUGCCCAUCUUGCUAAACAAAUAGGAGCCAACCUGAAUGAUGACAUUCUCUACGGGGUGUUUGCACAAAGCAAGCCAGAUUCUGCUGAACCAAUGAAUCGCUCGGCUGUCUGUGCUUUCCCCAUCAAAUACAUUAAUGAGUUCUUCAACAAGAUUGUCAACAAAAACAAUGUAAGGUGUCUCCAGCAUUUUUAUGGACCGAACCAUGAACACUGCUUUAAUAGGACACUUUUGAGAAAUUCAUCAGGCUGUGAAGCGCGCAGUGAUGAAUACCGAACGGAGUUUACCACAGCUUUGCAACGUGUUGACUUAUUCAUGGGCCAAUUCAACCAAAUCCUCCUAACAUCUAUUUCCACCUUCAUUAAAGGAGACCUCACCAUCGCUAAUCUUGGGACAUCAGAGGGUCGCUUCAUUCAGGUUGUAGUUUCUCGAUCAAGAUCAACCCCCCAUGUGAAUUUUCACCUGGAUUCCCACCCUGUGUCUCCAGAAGUGAUUGUGGAACAUCCGCUAAACCAAAAUGGCUACACACUGGUUGUCACUGGGAAAAAGAUCACCAGGAUCCCACUGAAUGGCUUGGGCUGUGAACAUUUCCAGUCCUGCAGUCAGUGUCUCUCCGCCCCACCCUUUGUUCAGUGUGGCUGGUGCCACAAUAAAUGUGUACAGUUGGAGGAAUGCCCCAGCGGAACAUGGACUCAGGAGACCUGUCUGCCUAUAAUCUAUAAGGUUUUCCCAACUAGUGCACCUCUUGAAGGAGGAACAACAUUGACCAUAUGUGGCUGGGACUUUGGACUCAGGAAGAAUAAUAAAUUUGAUUUAAAGAAAACCAGGAUUCUCCUUGGAAAUGAGAGCUGCACCUUGACCCUAAGUGAGAGCACUGCAAAUACGCUUAAAUGCACUGUUGGUCCUGCAAUGAAUGAACAUUUCAAUAUGUCCAUAAGUAUUUCAAACAGUAGAGGGACAGCACAAUAUAGUACAUUUUCCUAUGUGGAUCCUAAAAUAACAAGUAUUUCUCCAAAUUAUGGUCCUAAGACUGGUGGCACUUUACUUACUAUAACUGGAAAGUUCCUAAACAGUGGAAAUUCUAGACACAUUUCAAUUGGUGGAAAGACAUGCACUUUGAAAAGUGUGUCAGAUAACGUUCUCGAGUGUUAUACGCCAGCCCAAACCACUUCAACUGAGUUUCCUGUUAAAUUGAAAAUUGACUUAGCCAACCGAGAGACCAACAGCUUCAGUUACCGGGAAGACCCCUUUGUCUAUGAAAUUCAUCCAACCAAAUCUUUUAUUAGUGGUGGGAGCACAAUAACAGGUGUUGGAAAAAACCUGAAUUCAGUUAGUGUCCUGAGGAUGGUGAUAAGUGUGCCUGAAACAGAAAGGAACUUUACAGUGGCAUGUCAACAUCGCUCUAAUUCAGAAAUAAUCUGCUGUACAACUCCUUCACUGCAACAGCUGAAUCUGCAACUCCCCCUGACAACCAAAGCCUUUUUCAUGUUAGAUGGGAUGCAUUCCAAAUACUUUGAUCUCAUUUAUGUACAUAAUCCUGUAUUUAAGCCUUUUGAAAAGCCAGUGAAGAUCUCAAUAGGCAAUGAAAAUGUACUGGAAAUUAAGGGAAAUGAUAUUGACCCUGAAGCAGUUAAAGGUGAAGUGUUAAAAGUUGGAAAUAAGAGCUGUGAGAGAAUACAGUCAUACUCUGAAACCGUUUUAUGUACAGUCCCCAAUGACCUCCUGAAAUUGAACAGUGAGCUAAAUAUAGAGUGGAAACAAGCGGUUUCUUCAACUGUCCUUGGAAAAGUAAUAGUUCAACCAGAUCAGAAUGUCACAGGACUGAUUGUUGGUUUUGUUUCAAUAUCAAUAAUACUGUUAUUAUUAUUUGGGCUUUUCCUGUGGUGGAAAAAGAGAAAGCAAAUUAAAGAUCUAGGCAGUGAAUUAGUUCGUUAUGAUGCAAGAGUACACACUCCUCACUUGGAUAGGCUUGUAAGUGCCCGAAGUGUAAGCCCAACUACAGAAAUGGUAUCAAAUGAAUCUGUGGACUACAGAGCUACCUUUCCAGAAGACCAGUUUCCUAACUCAACUCAGAAUGGAUCUUGCAGACAAGUGCAGUAUCCUCUGACAGACCUAUCCCCCAUCCUAAAUAGUGGGGACUCUGAUAUAUCUAGUCCAUUACUGCAAAAUACUGUCCACAUUGACCUCAGUGCUUUAAAUCCAGAGCUGGUUCAGGCAGUCCAGCACGUAGUAAUUGGGCCAAGCAACCUGAUUGUACAUUUCAAUGAAGUCAUAGGAAGAGGACAUUUUGGGUGUGUAUAUCAUGGGACUUUGCUGGACAGUGAUGACAAGAAGAUUCACUGUGCUGUGAAAUCCUUGAAUAGGAUCACUGACAUAGGAGAAGUUUCUCAGUUUCUGACGGAGGGAAUCAUCAUGAAAGAUUUUAGUCACCCCAAUGUUCUCUCACUCCUGGGAAUCUGCCUUCGGAGUGAGGGGUCUCCAUUAGUGGUCCUACCAUACAUGAAACAUGGAGAUCUUCGAAAUUUCAUUAGAAAUGAGACUCAUAAUCCAACUGUAAAAGACCUUAUUGGUUUUGGUCUUCAAGUAGCCAAAGGGAUGAAAUAUCUUGCAAGCAAAAAGUUUGUCCACAGAGACUUGGCUGCAAGAAACUGCAUGCUGGAUGAAAGUUUCACUGUCAAGGUUGCUGAUUUUGGUCUUGCCAGAGACAUGUAUGAUAAAGAAUACUAUAGUGUUCACAACAAAACUGGUGCAAAACUGCCAGUGAAGUGGAUGGCUCUAGAAAGUCUACAAACUCAGAAGUUCACCACCAAGUCAGAUGUGUGGUCCUUUGGCGUGCUUCUCUGGGAACUAAUGACCAGAGGAGCACCACCUUAUCCUGACGUCAACACCUUUGAUAUAACAGUUUACUUGUUGCAAGGCAGAAGGCUCUUACAACCCGAAUACUGCCCAGAUCCCUUAUACGAAGUGAUGCUAAAAUGCUGGCACCCUAAAGCUGAACUGCGCCCAUCCUUCUCUGAACUGGUCUCCAGGAUAUCAGCAAUAUUCUCUACUUUCAUCGGGGAGCACUAUGUCCAUGUGAAUGCUACUUAUGUGAAUGUCAAAUGUGUGGCUCCAUAUCCUUCUCUCUUAUCACAAGAUAACAUUGAUGGCGAGAGGGGCACAUGAUGGAUGGAUAAGCCACCAGCCCUCUUCUGAGAAACAUCAUAGCACUGUCCGAACAACACAGUCCACACUUUGUCCAAUUUUUUUUUCACUUCCUGGCCAUUGAAAGACCAUGAGCUAUUUUUUGCUUUUGUCAAAGUUGCACUAUAUUGGACUGUCUAUUGUUAUUUAAAUUUACUGGAUUCUAAGGAAUUUCUCAUCUGACAAAGGAUCAGAGCCACAAUUUCGGUUCCACAGACCCGUGUGACUAAUGGCUACACCACAGUUGCAAUGAUGCUCCUGUCACAUUCAGGCCAAAACCUGAAUUCUGAGUUGAAAUUUUUAAAAAUCAAGAUCCCUCCUGAUUUCAUAUGGGGGGCUGAAGAAAUCAAUUUUGAGGGUUUUUGAUCACAGAAACCUUAGAAGUUGUAAUGUCCAGGAAAGAUAUGGCAGCCUCAGGGCCAGUCCACUCAUUUAGAAUGAAAGUGUUUGAAGAACUUUUAUAUGUUGUAGGUCACAUUCCCUUUAAAAUUUUGCAUACACAUUCCUUUUAUUGAAGAAGCAUCUAUAGGCAGCAAGGUCAACGUUUCAGAACAACAGGACAAUGAAAUUAGUUUAUAAAUUAGCAGGAAUAUUUACAUAUUGUACAUAGAUGUCGUUAAGAAGGUUUUAAUAAAAUAGCUUAGUAACAAUUAAAUAUUUACUUGUCAUUUUAAAAUCAACUGUUUUGAGAAUGAUACUGUUCUGAUUAAAGAAUGUGGAUAUUUCAAUGUUCUAUUAUUUUUUUAAACGACGACUCUGAAAUAAGACAAGUAAUCUGCGGUGUUUUUAAAGGCAGCUCAGCAUGUUUUUAAAACAGAAUACAUCUGAUUUAAAGGUUCAUAGCUUCCAAUCACAGCUCAUACAUAGAGCAAAGAAAGGAUCAUUGAACUUCCCACCCCCACAAACAAUUGGAGACAAAAAAAUUGGGGGGGGGGACCAGUUUUGCAUUAGACCUUGCUUUUUGUUAAGCUAACCAUAUUUUAUGGAAAAAAAUGGGCAACUGAGAGUUCUGAGCAGUUGACCUGGAUGAACAGUUGCUGGGCAGGAAUUUCGUGAUGUUUUGUUCUGUGGGAUUUUGUGCUUUCUACUGUAUAGUGCAUGUGGCACAGGAUACUCUUAACUGGUUUUGUCAAUGUAAACAUUUAAAGUUUUAUAUUUUUAUAAAAAUGUUUAUUUUUAAUGAUAUAAGAGAACUUUUGUUAGACAACAAAAAUACUGCACUGUGAACAUUUCAGAAAAGAUAUGUCAGACUUGGAUUAACUACGGCAUGGUUUUAAGUGGUUGUAAAUAGUGAUAAGGAAAUGUACUGAUUGCCAAUACACCCCACCCUCAUUACAUCACCAGGACCUGAAUCCUUGGAUUAACACAGCAGGGUGUGUUAAAGAGGGUGUGUUACAAUGGAACCCUUACUAGAUUUGAACUCCUGUUGCUAGAGAGUGAUUAACCAAAAGCUCUUUGACAAUGGUAUGACUUACUGGAAAACACAAGGAAUUGUACUGCAGAGAUAUUCCCGUUCAAAUGUUCUGAUUCAAAUAUUUCAUAUGAGUGAAGAGUAAAACUAAUUCACAGAGGAUUAGAAGCAGUGGAUGACAAAACAAAAAAUCAGUUCUGUAGAAACAUCUCUACCAAUGUCAAGAUAAUGAAUGCAUCAAGAACAGAAAGAGUAUAUGGAAACAACCAUCAACAGUACUACACAUCUGUAUAUAUGUUUGAGAAAGCUACAAUGUGAAAGUCAUGUUUGCUAUUUAUAAACAUGUUCUUAGGUUAAUGUCUCUGAACAGAUUGUGGGAGUGAUUCUUCCAAGAAUUAGAUACUUGUCACUGCUUAUACCUGCAGUUGAGCUGAAUGGUACUUUGUAUGUUAAUAGUUGUUGUUCUGAUAAAUCAUACAAUUAAAAUAAAGUGAUGCAUCAUCUUGU